AUGGCGCCGCGCAAAACAACCAAAAAACAGACGCGAUUGGCCUUCGCUUCAACCACUGCGCCUUCUGGCACAGCGAGCCCGGAGCAAAGCAGCCGAUACUCAACCCUCCAGUACAGCAACCCAGGAUCAGGAGUGUAUCGCGCGAAGCCUCACAAAGUCAAGACUGAGACCAAAGUUAAACCGCGAGCCAAGCCCAAGAGACAGUCCCGACUUCCUACGCAAAGUGCACAGGCUGUCUCGAAGUUCAACGAAACACCAAAUAACGAACCAAACGAAUCAUCCUCCGACGAAAUUUCCUUCUCUGCGCGAAAGCAAGUCACGCACCCUAGCGUACAGGUAGUGCUCAAUAACUGUAAAAAAAAUCCGGACAAACCCCAGAGCUUGAAGAAAUCAGGCCGAGGAUUGCGUUCUUCGGGAGAACAGUCUAGUUCCCGCCAGAAGCGCAAGCGCAAGGCGACAAGCUCCCCGAUUGUGCUGAGCGACUCCGGCGAGCCUCUGAACACUCAGAAGCGCAGACGUGGCCAGGAAGAAAGCACUCCGGUAAAGGCAGAACAAGAAGAAGAAGACGAUGAUUCGGACUUGCCGGUUCGGUCUUCAGCUGUGAAGAGACUUAGGCGUGGCCAGACGCAAAGCACCCCGGUCAAGGCUUCCCAGGAUGAUGAUGAUGAUGAUGACGACUCCGACGUACCAAUUCGUUCUUCCGCUGUGAAGAGACUCCGGCGUGGCCAAGUGCAAAUAUUGCCUAGUGAAAACAGUGAAGAAGAUGACACCGAUGAGUCGGUUCAAUCCUCGCCCGCGAAAAGGCUCAGACGUGGACAAGACAUGACCCUUCCUCAGUCACCACGAACUCCACGCAACAUAUCGAACCAGGCUAGACUUGACCUUGCAGAAGAUUUAGAUGACCUUCAAGAUUCAGUUGUUCGAAAGAGCCGCACUCGUGGUAAUAUUGCGGGAUCUGCUCGAAACAGCAGACUGAAGAAUCUCGAAAUCCUCCGGCGCCGACGGGCCGGUCUGAAAGAAGAGCAAAGCGAGGACGAAUCUGAAGAAGAAUCCGAUUCAGAAAUUCAAGAGAUUGACCAAAAUGGAACGAAGAUCAGUCCUUCGACCCAUAACCAUAGCUGGAAACAACACGAGGAGGCAGAUAGCGACGUGGAGUCUGUCAUUGCUGCCAACGAAGAUCUAGACCGCUAUGAAGACGACUUCGUCCUGGAAGACGAGCCAAACGACCUCGGCGUCCCCACUGAGGCCAUUCCCCUCGAAUUCACCCGACACGCAUACAAACAACCCAAAGACUACUUCCGCGAUGUAGUAUACUGGAUGGUCCAGAACAAACUCAACCCGGCGUUCCCCCGCUCAGACCCGAUGUUCAACAUGGCAUUCGCGAAACUGGAAGACGAAGUCAAGGGUCGAUCUGGCUCUCAGCUUAUUUCUUCAGUCUGGACUCCCGAAUUCAUCUAUGCCAUUCAAGCUCGCCCGUCUAUGGAAAUCACUGCGUUCCCCACGGAAGAGGAUCAUCCAUGUGAUGCGUGCAGGCGUUCCGGCCAUCCUGCCUCCUUCGAUCUGAAGCCGUACGACAAAGCAUAUUCCCUGGAGACACUGGAACCUCUGAAAGAUGACAGUGAAGACAGUGAAGAUCAGUCUAAAGAUGAUGACAGCAGUCUGGAUGAUGGCAAGGAACGAGACCGAGAUGGCCACAUAAUUCCACCAGAGGGCAAGCACUUCUACCUAGGAAGGACAUGCAAGGGUAGAGCUGUGCUGGCACAUACCCUCAUCCACUGGCGCUACCACCUUAAUGUAUGGGUCAUCAGUUACCUCGAGGACAUUGGCCACAUGCAUGAUGAUGAAAUCCUUCGACGGAACAACAUGAGCACCAAGAAGAAGACGCGCAAUGCGAAUGAUGUUCUCGAUCAAAUGGUUGCCGGUGGAAUAGUUGAUGGGCUCUGGCGCGAUUUCCACAUCAAUCUCCGGUCCGCUCGUGAAAAGGAGUCAAUUUUCGUUUGA